UGGUGUCUGCCCUUCCGCAGCCCUCCAUGGCGUCUCAGCUCCGACUUCGCUCUGCGCUGGCCUUGGUCACAGGUGCGGGCAGCGGCAUUGGCCGGGCCAUUAGCAUGCGCCUGGCCAGAGAGGGAGCCUCCGUGGCCGCCUGCGACCUAGAUGGGGCAGCGGCACAGGAGACAGUGCGGCUGCUAGGCGAGCUGGGGAGCGAGGAGGGGGUGCCCAACGGGACCCACGCUGCCUUCCAAACUGACGUGUCUGAGGCGGCGGCGGCUAGGCGCCUGCUGGAACAAGUACAGGCCAACUUUUCUCGGCCGCCAUCUGUUGUUGUGUCCUGCGCAGGCAUCACUCGGGAUGAGUUUUUGCUGCACAUGUCUGAGGAUGACUGGGACAAAGUCAUAGCUGUCAACCUCAAGGGCACUUUUCUAGUCACUCAGGCUGCAGCCCAAGCCCUGGUAUCCAAUGGUUGUCACGGCUCCAUCAUCAACAUCAGUAGCAUCGUAGGAAAGGUGGGAAAUGUGGGACAGACAAACUAUGCUGCCUCCAAGGCCGGAGUGAUUGGGAUGACCCAGACAGUAGCCCGGGAGCUUGGACGACACGGGAUCCGCUGUAACUCUGUCCUCCCAGGGUUCAUUGCUACACCCAUGACACAGAAAGUGCCUCAAAAAGUGCUGAACAAGGUGACUGGAAUGAUCCCGAUGGGACAUAUGGGGAACCCUGAGGAUGUGGCAGAUGUAGUCGCAUUCUUGGCAUCUGAAGACAGUGGCUACAUCACAGGAACCUCAGUGGAAGUCACUGGAGGUCUUUUCAUGUAACUGCCUUGAGGACCCUGGACUCUGCUCACUCCCCCACCACCCUGCCUGGCCUCCUGCUGAUGAGGACUCUAAGUUCCCAGGCUACAAAGGGGUGGUAGUGUAUGGCUGGGAAUGCUGAAUAUGGGAGGCAGGGGUGCUUGUGACCCUAAUAAAUUCCAAAUCCUCU